GAUUAAGAAAUACAAUUUCCUAUGAAAAAGGAAAGGUGUGCUCCCAGAAACAGCCAGGUUGUUGAAUUACAUGUCUCCUAGAUAUCCCUUCUGGCCCAAAGAUCCCUGACCCUGAGAUAACUGGCCCUUGUUCCUUUCGUGGGCUGAAUCUAUAGGUCAGAGGAGGUGGAGAUCUUAAGACUGACCCGGUCAAACAGAAACAUUCACUGUUUGAACAUGGACCUUGAAAGAGACCUCGAAAGAAUAGAUAAAGCAAAUCAGGAACUUCUUCUCAAAAUCCACCAGAAAGAAGAUGACAUACAGAGGUGAGUGCUGGGUUUUCUUGAGGGACGUUCCCAAUCAAGGGGAUGGGAUAGAGGAGAAGAGACAAACCUGAAUUUUCCUACUUGCUCUAGAGACCUAUAUCUUAUGUAGCAGUUUCUUCUUCAUUCUUUGGCAUUUUCUGUGGCUCAAACCCUGAAUUAUAGCAAGUUUCAAAGAGAUUCUUAAAAGAUUGGAUGAUAUUCACCUGAGCUGAAAGAACACUAGGGUGUUUGACUUAGGACUCAGGUCAAACUUUGAAGUGAAUUUUUUCCCAACUUUGAAGUGACUAUGAUGGUAAGGACCCAGGAAAAAUGGGUUUCGAACUUGAGAGCCAUAUUUACUGACACUGAAGUAACCCUUAAAACUGAUAGAUGUGUUUCUCCAGUUCUGAAGCUGUCUGUUCCUCACACUAUGUGCUUGUGUCGUUCAGGCUGGAAAGUGAGAUCACCCAGACUCAAGACCUGACAGAAGACGAUGACUGGGAGAAGGAGAAUAGUACCACCGUGGAAAGGGAAGGAACGCUGCAAGACCUGGAAGAAGAAAUAGCCAGACUUGAAAGGAAAAAUGAGACUCUGGGGCACGGUAUAAGAGAACUUCAAAAAAAGCUUACAAGGAAAUCGCAGAAGGCAACCAAGUGUGAACAAGGCCAUCUAAAGGGACCACUAGAAGACUCAAAGGUAAAUGAAAAAGCAAUCUUGAGUGGGUUUGGGUUACAUAACCAGGAAACAAGCUUUUAAGUGGAAACAACUAUCAAAACUGGGAUAAAUUCUUUGUAGUUUUAGCCCAUGUCAGACUUAAGCCUAGACUACUGAGUACUGAAUUCUUUUCUGCCCUUGGUAAGGAAUUUCACUCUGAAGCCAUAUAUAUUGUUCCUCUUCCUUCAGGAAGAGCAGAACACAAUUUCACAAUGCAUACAUAACACUGAAGUCCCUAGUUUAUAUCCUGGUCCCAGCACUUAGUGAGGUAUAUGAAGUUAGGCAAUUUAAUCAGCCCCUUCCAGCCUCAGUUUGAAAACUGAAUGAAAUUGUGUAUUUUUAAAACUCUUUCCUUUUUUUGAUGAGUAAAACCUUGAAACAUCACAUAUUUAACGUGAUUAUUUAAAAGUCUAGCUGAGGCAAAUGUAUGAAUUCAUAGAGCAGAGCUAGGAUUUGUCAAUCUACUGUGUGCUAGGUAAUUUACACACUCUAUCACUGACUCCCAUCCAGAAAAGGAUUCAUUCAAUUUAUCACUCAAAUAUUUAGUGACCUCCACCUGCUGAGUGCAUCAUCAGACAUUGCUAAGCGUUUCUUUAAUUGUGUUCAAAGAUAAAAACCUGGGCACAACCACAAUCCAUCUGAUCAAAGAUGGAAAAAGGUGGACUUAUUUUUUUAUUCAGAAGGCAGGUAAAAUUCUUACUUGAUACUUUCUGUAGAAUUCCAUCUUGCCCUUGCCUUAUUUCUCUUUAGCUUCUUAAGCUGACUC